AUGAUAAGGAUUGCAGGCACGUAUAAGGUGUUGUCUUCAUCAAGAUCAUUCACAACACCAGCUAUAACACCAUCAUUGGGAAGUCAUGUUGGUCAACACAGAAGUUUAGUCACACCUUUAUCACCAUUGGUCUGCCUCAACAACAACAACAACAACAUUGGCAUCAGAUCAUACUCAUCAUCAAGUAGCGAAACAAAGAAAAAGAGAACGUCAAGAAAGAAGGUCAAGGUGGAGGAGGAGGAGGUGGUAGAAGUACAACAAACCAAAGAUGUAGGCGAGGUGGAUGAGGGAGACAAGAAAUUCAAGGACUUGGAGCAGAGACUAAAGGAUAUACCAGAGACAUCGUUCAAAGACUUGUUCAGACAGCUUGGCAUAUUGGUCGGAUUUGCAGUCCGCGAACACGUAGCAUUCAAAGCCAAUCGAUUCAAAUACCGCAAGUUCUUCAAUCAUGUGUUGGACAUGCUGGAGAGCAAGCGAGAUAUAAUUGAGCGAGUGUUGCCUGUGCCCCUCGACCGCAACAAGCUCGAGGUGAAGAACUUUGUCAUCUUCCCCACCGACUCGCCGCUGGCCAAGGCGCUCAACACCGACCAGGAGCCAUUGGUCAUCACCAUCAGUCUGACAGAGGCGUACGCCAAGGAACAUAACCUGCAGGCGUCGGUCGAUGCCGUUGUCAUUGGAAAAUUGAGGCGGGCGGUCGAUGGCGACUCGGGCUUGCUGAAUCGUCUGAUGCCCAAAUCAUUGCCCCUACUCGGAGACAUGACCAUGGAGGCCGAGCUCGAGAGUCUGAGUCUACUCGUGAUGAACGAGCAGGCCAACAUGCACCAGGAGAUCCCAUUGUAUCAAAAGACACCACCAUCAUCAACCAACAAUCAAUCACAAACAUCAAAUGACGAUGAUUUCCAGAUCAUCCAGGAUGAUGAACCAACCUCAUCCACGACCAACAGCCACACAUCAAAAUCAUCAACUACCAUCGACCUUGAAGACUUUAUCGACAAGUCCGAUCCAGCCUCCAAUAAAAAGAAGUAG